CGGCUUCACCCGCCAGGACGCAAAAUGGCCGCGGGGCGGGGUCGGGAAGCCGCUGGACGCGCAUGCGCAGACGCUGGUUGGGCAGCGGAGCGGCGGGGCAGCGCCGGCACCGGACGCAGGAGCAACCAUGGAUUGGCCCCAGCAGAGACGUGGCAGGUGUUGGGGGAAGACAUCCCAUCUGAAAUGGAGGUGAUGCGGGGAGCUGGCCGACUACACCGACAUGGGGCUGCGACUGUUGGCUUGUCUCUUCCGUUUGCCCACCGCAGUGAUCUACGGGUCCUUGUCGCUGUUCGUUUCCAUUUUGCACAACGUGUUUCUCCUCUACUACGUGGACACCUUCGUCUCUGUUUACAAGAUCGAUAAACUAUCCUUUUGGGUAGGAGAGACAGUGUUCCUGAUCUGGAACAGCCUCAAUGACCCUCUGUUUGGCUGGCUGAGCGACCGGGUGUUCCUUAGCACACAGCAGCCAGGAGCAGAGAUUUCCUCCCCAGAAGUAGUUCUGAAGAGGCUCAGAGCACUAAGCCACAAUGGCCCUCUCUUUGCCAUCUCUUUCCUGGCUUUCUGGGUCGCCUGGGCUCAUCCUGGCGUGCAGUUCCUUCUCUGCCUUUGCAUGUACGACAGCUUUCUCACCAUGGUCGACCUCCAUCACAACGCCUUGCUCGCAGACCUGGCUGUUUCGGCAAAAGACAGGACUAGCCUCAACUUCUACUGCUCUCUCUUCAGUGCCAUAGGCUCGCUCUCUGUCUUCAUGUCGUACACAGUGUGGAACAAGGAAGACUUCUUCUCCUUUCGCAUAUUUUGCGUCAUGCUGGCCCUCUGCUCCAUCGUUGGUUUUACCCUGUCCACACAGCUGCUCCGCCAGCGAUUUGAGGCUGAUGGGAAAGCAAAAUGGGACCAGGAAUCAACCCUAAAACAGCUGUACAUCGAGAAACUCUCCGUCCCCCAGGAGAAGAGGAUCACCCUGGCAGAAUAUCUCCAGCAGCUCAAGCGGCAUCGCAACUUCCUCUGGUUUGUCUGCAUGAACCUGGUCCAGGUUUUUCACUGCCACUUUAACAGCAACUUCUUCCCCCUCUUCCUGGAGCACCUGCUGUCAGACCAGAUCUCUGUCUCUACUGGAUCCUUCCUCCUCGGUGUUUCCUACAUUGCCCCCCACCUCAACAACCUCUACUUCCUGUCCCUCUGCCGCCGCUGUGGGGUUUACGCUGUGGUCCGAGGACUCUUCUUCCUGAAGCUGGCUCUCAGCAUCGUCAUGCUCCUGGCAGGACCCGAUCAGGUCUAUCUGCUCUGCAUCUUCAUAGCCAGCAACCGCGUGUUCACAGAAGGGACCUGUAAGCUGCUCAACCUGGUGGUCACCGACCUGGUGGACGAGGACCUAGUCCUGAACCGCAGGAAGCAGGCGGCCUCGGCGCUGCUCUUUGGGAUGGUCGCUCUGGUCACCAAGCCAGGACAGACGUUCGCCCCCCUCAUAGGCACCUGGCUGCUCUGUGCCUACACAGGCUACGACAUCUUCCAGCGCAGCCCCUUGGGCAACGUGGUGAGCGCCCAGCCGAAGCUGGAGUCUGACGCCGCCUUGGAGCCGACUCUUCGCCAGGGCUGCUUUUACCUCCUCGUCUUCGUGCCCAUCGCGUGCGCGCUGCUGCAGCUCCUCACCUGGUCGCAGUUCAGCCUGCACGGGAAGCGCCUGCAGAUGGUGAAGGCUCAGCGCCAAGGCCUGAUGCAGGGUGAAGCUCCUGAAGUGAAAAUGAUCUAGGGGUGUCUGAGCCCCUGGGGCUGUCCUGGUUCUAGGCUGGGGCAGGACUGCAGGCAGAGUGAGGGGAUUGCCGACCUGCAUUUACGAUUCAACUGUGAAACGCUGUAAGGCCACUGCUCGCUCAUUCCAGGAGGGGGGAUGCUGGGG